GAAAAAUAGUUCAAGCACAUGAGCACAUGAUCUCAAAGCUGUUUGUUCUGUUGCCUUCUCUUUUGCUUCGGUUCUGCAUCUACAAACUGUUUGCCUUUCUUCGCCUUUCUUUGCCGGUCCCGACAAUUUACUCUCAUCAGAUUUCCAUUUCAAACCCACAUUCAAUCAAUAUCAAUACAAUGAAUGGAUGCUCAUGCAAUCUCAAAUAUUAUCAAGCAUAAGGUUAUCCGUGAUUGGAACAAGUCGAAAUUCCAAUAACCACAAUUAGGUUAGGUAAUCGAUCAAAAUCUAGAUCUCUCCCUGUAACCUUACCUGGUGUUCUCGGGUCCCAUUCUAGCUUAGAAGUUGAAAUUAUGUCGGAGAGCGAACAACGUGAAGGUACACCUCAAACACCACCUAUCUUGUCCGAGAGUCCCAAUCCAGUCACGCCACGACAAUUUGAAGAUCAGCAAGAAGCUCAAAGAAGUUUUGUACUUGUACCUGAACAUCAACAAAUCAAAGGCUUCGAGAUGUAUUCCAAUUCCCAUCGGGAUAUUCAUCCGUAUACUCGUCCUCUGACCAUCUCCGAUCUGGAAUCGGUCUUGACCCUCGAGAAUGCCGCUUUCACAAAUCCGGAUGAAAGAGCAUCUAGAGAAAAGGUCGGCAUCGAUAUCUCAACUCCACUUCUUUGAAAAUUUUGACGUGGCUAACCUUACAAACAGUUGAGAUAUAGACUUACCAGAUGUGGUGAGCUAUGCCUGGGCAUCUUCUGCACUAUGACGCCUGGCUCCGAUCCGAAAAUCGAGACUCUUGCCACAGGCCGCCCUGUUGAGACAAGUCGAAAGAAUGGAGCGAUUAGUGUACUGAUGGGCCAUGUUAUUGCAGCCAAGACACAUGACUUGACAGCUUCGGAUGCAUCAAUGGGAGUUCCUGAAGGUUGGGAGGCUACCAAACCUCCACGUACAAAUCUAGGCCAUCAAGAGGAUGGGCGUACGAUAGUCCUUCACUCGGUUGCGAUUUUACCUGCAUUUCAAGGACGAGGUCUAGGGAAGAUACUCAUGGCUGCGUACAUGCAGCAAAUGAACGGUGCUGGAAUCGCUGACAGGUUGGCUCUCAUUGCACAUGAUGUAAGUAUAGUUGCUCUUACUCGAACCAUGGUCUAUGAAGAUGAAUUGAUUGCUAACAUUUCAUUUAAGCACAAAUUAAAUUUUUAUAAGAUGCUUGGUUUCAUGGAGAAAGGGAAGAGUGAAGCUCAAUUUGGUGGUGGCGGCUGGAUUGAUAUGGUAAGUCAAAUGUUCUUAAAACCUUUGGAUAUACUCUGACCUAUGAUAAGAUUUACGAACUUAAGACACCUGAAGCAAGAAUAGCUUACGGUUAGAGAGAUACCCCUUACAAAUUGGUGCACACAGGUCUUCCAUUGUUACUUGAAGAAAGGAGCACAUAGGAGUUUCAAAUCUUAGUGAAAUGGUAUAUUUACGGGUAUCUUGAUUUAGGAAUUGUUAAACGGAUAUAUCAAUCGCUGGCCUUGUACUUAGCCCUGU